AUGCCCCUCCAUCACUUGAUGAUUGGGACCUGGACCCCACCAGGUGCCAUCUUCACCGUCCAGUUUGACGAUGAGAACUUGACUCUCAAACUCGUCAAGCGGACUGAGAUCCCCCACGACGAGCCGAUAUCAUGGAUGACCUUCGAUCACACCAAGAGGAACCUCUACGGUGCGGCCAUGAAGAAAUGGUCGAGCUUCGCCGUCAAGAGUCCAACCGAGAUUGUCCAUGAGGUCUCUCAUCUCAUGGGUGGUGAUGCCCAGGCAAACAGCAAAGACACCAACACGCGGGCCAUCUUCCUCCUCGCCGCCCAGCAACCGCCCUACGGCGUCUACGCCAACCCCUUCUACAACCAUGCCGGCUACGGCAACGUCUUCUCCGUCUCGGCCUCGGGGGCCCUAGACACCAACAUCCAGAACUACCCGUACCAGCCCAACACGGGCAUCCACGGCAUGGUCUUCGACCCGACGGAGACGUACCUCUACUCAGCUGACUUGACGGCCAAUAAGCUCUGGGUGCACCGCAAGUCGCCCGACGGCACCGUCAGCCUCAUCGGCAGCGUCGACGCCCCCUCGCCCGGCGACCACCCGAGGUGGGUAGCCAUGCACCCGACGGGGCAGUACCUGUACGCGCUGAUGGAGGCCGGCAACCGGCUGUGCGAGUACGUCAUCGACCCGGACACCCACAUGCCCAUCUACACCCACCACGCCUUCCCGCUGAUCCCGCCGGGCAUCCCCGACCGCGACCCCACAACCGGCAAGGGCCUGUACCGCUCCGACGUCUGCGCCCUCUCCUCGAGCGGCAAGUACCUGUUCGCCUCGUCGCGCGCCAACUCGUUCGACCUGACCGGCUACGUCGCUGCCUUCCGCCUCCGCGAUUGCGGCAGCAUCGAGACCCAGCUGUGCCUGAACCCAACCCCGACCUCGGGCGGCCACAGCAACGCCGUCGCGCCCUGCCCCUGGACCGACGACUGGCUCGCCAUCACCGACGACCAGGAGGGCUGGGUCGAGAUGUACCGCUGGAAGGACGAGUUCCUGCACCGCGUGGCCAGGGUGAGGAUACCGGAGCCGGGGUUCGGCAUGAACGCCAUCUGGUACGAUUGA